AUUUAUUUCAUUUGGGUAUUCAUUAAUAUACUGCUUUAUUAUUUCUGAUUUCAGAAUCAUCGUCAGUGGCAGCAAGGACGGCUCAUGCAUCGUGUGGGAUCUGUCGAAGCUUUGUUUCAUUCGUCAGCUCGGGCCACAUCCAGGCCCCGUCUCUGCCGUGUGCGUAAACGAACUCACGAGCGAUAUAGCGUCUACGUCCGGAACUCACCUGUUUCUGUGGUCACUGAGUGGAGAACUGAUAGCUGCGGUCAACACUGCUUCUUCGGAAAAACUCGACACACUCGAACUUAUCCUUUGCGUCGGAUUUUCUUCGUAUAAUGAAUGGGAUCCUCAAAACGUCAUAAUCACUGGUUCUAACGACGGAAUCGUUCGAAUGUGGUCCUUGGAAUAUGUUCAAGUGCCGCUGAGUGAAAGCAUAGACGAUGAUGCUCCGUGCGGUAAUGCAGCUGUUGGAAAGGCAACUUCCAAGUUGAACAGCGAGGGGUCAGAGCAUUCGUUCAGUGGCCAGUUUUCAGAGAAAGUCGAGUUCGAUACUGACGAGGGGAAACGUUCGUCUGCCAGAAGCUGCUCUCCCUUGUCGCACGAUUCUGCGGCUGUCCACCUCACAAAGCAGAGUCUCAGCGAUUCAUUCGUCUACGUGAACAACGAAGGCGUGGCUGUCGUGAGGACCCCCGCACGCCUACGCAAGGGAUUCAAAUGGGAACGACGAUUGAUAUUUCGAUCGAAGUUAAGUAUGCACACCGCUUUCGAACGUAAAGACAACCCGACUCCGGCGGCUAUCACCGCCGUUCAGCCUUCAAAGGAUCACAGAACGCUGUACGUCGGCGACGCCCGUGGCCGCGUUUGGGCUUGGAGCGUAGACGAAACUGGAGGAGGCGGUAGAGCGGAUCACUGGGUGCAGGACCCGUCGAGAUGCAUGUGCAGCCAGUGUCAUCAGAAGUUCACGCUGACCGAGCGCAAGCACCACUGUCGUAACUGCGGUCAGAUCUUUUGUUCCAAAUGUAGCCGGUUCGAGUCUGAAAUCAAGCACCUUCACAUCAAAAAACCUGUUCGAGUUUGCCAGAACUGCUACCUGAGGCUAGAAGCAUCGCUUAACCACAACAUCGCCGGCGGCCACCCUUCAUCGUCUGAAUGA